AUGGUUGGCGUUCUCAUUUCUACAUCAGCCAAUACAAGGACACUCCUGCUGCUGGUGAUAUCCAUCCUGCUCCUGUGCAAGAAAGCUGCAUCAAUUCCUGCAUGUCGUACAGAAAACGGAGGCUGUAGGGAGUCCAUUUUGGAAACAAUUAACAAUGCUCUCACCCAAGCUGGAACCAUGAGUCAUCUUGCUCAUAAAAUGUAUGAUGACAUAGAUGAUCCAUUGAUGAGGAGGGAUCAAGCUGUUUUCGCAGCCAGAACUUCCUGCCACUCUAAAAUCACGAACCCUCCAGAUUCUGGAGCUGAACACACAAAUCUCAAAACCAAAAAAUAUUUAAAAAUGUUGAUCAAUUUUGUGGGUGCCUGGAGCAGCCCUCUGUCUGAUCUAAUGAUUGAACUGAGUGCCAUGCAAGAAGUCCCAGAAAGUAUUGUUUCAGAAGCCAAAGAGAUGGAAAAGAAAAACAGAGAAAUCCUGGAUGAUCUUAGGUGGAUUCUCACCAAGGCCUAUCCUACUGCAACGAUGAUUGAAAGAUUCCCCAGCUGGCACUAUCUUCCAGCCUUAAAAUCAAAUGACAUACACUCUAAAUGUUUGGCAAUGUAUAACCUUUGCAAUUGCCUAAAUACUGAUACAGCCUACACUAUAUAUCAUCUCAGAAAAUUAAAAUGUCGAUUAACUGGGGAAGAUUGCUGA